AUGACGGCGCCGAACAUCACGACGCCCGAUAUUCGAGGCCUAUUGGCCCCUCUCCUACCUUCGCUUCCCGCGGCAGCGCUGUCCACCACGCCCGCCACAGGCAGCCUGCCUCUCCUCUCUCCCAUUCUACGACAGCGUGUCAAGUUGUUCUCUGCGUCGAGUACGGACCCGUGGAUCAAGUUGUUAACCUACGACACGGCAAAAGCCGCCAAGCUGCCCGCGGCUGUUCGCAACGAGCGGCUGGAGCCUCAUCCGGUCUCUGGAGAGGUCGAAAUCGAUUGGGAUUAUGAUGUUCAAACGCAAUACCGACGGCUCGAUAAGGAGACUCUCCAAGCACUUGUGGUGCUUGAGGAUCUAGAACUAUUCUUCCGGCUCGUGUACUGUGUAGGAGAUCAGGAGGGCGGCGGAGACGGUUGGAGAAUCGGCGAAGUCAGCAUUCCCGACAAACCAUCUCCGUUCGCGUCUUUCGAAGGCAAGUCGAGCAUCGAAGAGGCAGAACGGGCUUUUCGGGGAGAAGCGACGAAGCCGACAACAAACGGAACCGGUCACACGAACGGUGCGCAUGCACAUCGCGCCGAGGCUAUGGACGAGGACGAGGACGAUGACGACGACUACUGGGCUCGAUACGACGCAACACCGGCUCGGACACCGGCUGUGAAGCGGUCGCCUGCUCCAAUGUCAACACAAACCUCACAAGCAAAUGCUCACCACAGCACGUCUGCCGAAGACGCGUACUUUGCUCAAUAUGACUCCGUUCAGCCUGCGAUGGACAACCACGAUCCCGACGAAGAAGCCAAUGCAGCAGAUGUUGCUCCACCGCUGGGACUCGUCCAACCUGUUGCAUCCAAUACAUCGAGCGGGCCAGAGAAGGUGGAAGAGGUCGACUUGAACGAGACGACGGAAUCAUGGACAUUAGCACCGUCGCCAGGUGCAAGAUCAAACGAGGACGAGGAGAGGACGGCCAGCCUUGCGCACCCUCGACCUGCGUCGAGCGCAAGUUCCAACGGGUCGGUCACGAUAGCCAAGUUCGAAGAGCAUGCGGCGAAACGGGAGCAGAGCGAGUUUGGUAUCAAGCAGCACGUAUCCAGGAGCAUUAGAAGUCUGUUCCUGCUCUCGCGCGCCGCUGGGAUCGACCGCGAGGAGUUCGAGAGCCUCGUCAAGGCGGAGCUGGACAUUCUGGGUAUGGUUGAGCAUGACAUCUGA